CCCUUUCUUCAUUAUUCACCCACUUUCUUCCCCCAAAAUCCCCCCAAUUGCAGAGAGCGAGUCAGUGGACUCGCCAAAUUGAUAACUUUAUAGCAAAAUUCAAUUGCUCCGACACUACUCUCUUUCAGUUUUACCCCAUAUAUAGCAUUCUACAGUUGGAAUCAACCUUUACCCAGUAGCAGAAGCUGGGAGGCACCUUGCUGGUGAAUUGGACCGACAUGGCAAAACAGCUCUUGUAGAAGAGGAAAACUUGGGAGUUACAUUUCAGAAAGCUUGAAACAAGAAUCUGAUCAAACCAAUUUCAGUGGGUUCUUGAAAACAAGCUGGACAAAUCAUACUGUAUAUAAAUUGUCAUGCUGAAUGCUACUUCCAACUGGUGGGGGUGGGAUGAAUUCUACAAUGGAUGACAUGAACUUAAUUCAUCAGGCUCAGAGGCAUCAUCUUGUAGUGAGAGAGAUAGGAGAAGAGAUUGAUUUGGAAAUAGGACCUGGGGAUGAUGACCCUUCAUUUAGUAAUAAUACUUUGAUCAAUGUUCCACCACAAGAAUCUGCAGCUGAAGACCAUGAUGAGAGCAAGCAGAUGAUGAUUCAUCAGGCUUCCGGUGGGAAUCAGGACUUGUUGAAGACCCAACCAGCGAAAAAGAAAAAGAAGGUUGUUAAAAGAUGGAGAGAGGAGUGGGCAGAUACGUAUAAAUGGGCAUAUGUUGAUGUGAAAGAUGGCACAGCAAGGAUAUUUUGCUCUGUUUGCAGAGAAUAUGGUAGGAAGCAUAGGAGGAAUCCAUAUGGAAAUGAAGGCAGCCGAAACAUGCAGAUGAGUGCUCUGGAGGAGCAUAAUAAUAGUUUACUUCACAAAGAAGCUCUUCGUCUCCAAAUGGCAUCCAAAGAUAAGAUUGUUGUUGAUAAACCUUUAUAUGUUAAAGCUCUUAUGUCAAAAACGGCUGGAUCGAUUAUUGAAGCUGCACUGAAAAGGGAUCCUCAUGAACUAGAAUUCAUACAGUAUGUUCAAGAAGCGGUUCAUGCUUUAGAAAGAGUCAUUUCAAAGAACUCAAGUUAUGUAAGCACCAUGGAGCGGUUAUUAGAACCUGAGCGCACAAUUGUUUUUCGCGUGCCGUGGGUUGAUGAUAGGGGUGAGACGCAUGUGAACCGAGGGUUUCGGGUUCAUUUUAAUCAGACUCUUGGUCCAUGCAGGGGUGGUCUCCGGUUCCAUCCGUCAAUGAACUUGAGUAUUGCCAAAUUUCUUAGCUUUGGACAGACUUUGAAAAAUGCUUUGUCGCCUUACCGACUUGGGGGUUCUUCAGGUGGAAGUGAUUUUGAUCCUAAAAGCAAAAGUGAUGGUGAGGUCAUGCGAUUUUGUCAGAGUUUUAUGAAUGAACUGUAUCGUUAUUUGGGUCCUGAAAAGGAUCUUCCUUCGGAGGAGAUGGGUGUUGGUACUCGAGAAAUGGGCUUUUUGCAUGGACAAUAUCGCCGACUGGCGGGUCAUUCACAGGGAACUUUUACAGGACCAAGAGUUAAUUGGUCAGGCUCAAGUCUUCGAACUGAGGCUACUGGCUAUGGAUUGGUUUUCUUUGCUCAACUUAUGCUUGCAGACAUGAACAAAGAACUAAAAGGAUUAAGUGGAUCUGUUUGCCAUUAUAAGAAUACCUCCAUCAUGGGUGCAGCUGAAAAGUGGUGUGCAGUUAGCGGUUCAGGAAAGAUUGCAAUGCAUGUCCUAGAGAAGCUUAUUGCUUAUGGGGCCGUUCCCAUCACCAUAUCUGAUGCAAAGGGUUAUCUGGUGGAUGAUGAUGGAUUUGAUUUCUUGAAGAUAUCUUUCCUGAGAGACAUCAAAGCUCAGCAGAGAAGCUUAAGAGACUACUCAAAGACUUAUGCUCGCUCAAAGUACUAUGAUGAAGCGAAGCCUUGGAGUGAAAGGUGUGAUGUUGCAUUCCCCUGUGCCUCACAGAAUGAAAUUAAUCAAUCUGACGCCAUUAACUUGGUUAACUCUGGUUGUCGUAUACUUGUAGAAGGCUCCAAUAUGCCAUGUACUGCUGAAGCAGUAGACGUUUUGAGAAAAGCUAAUGUCCUAGUUGCUCCUUCUAUUGCUGCUGGUGUGGGAGGGGUUGUUGCAGGGGAACUUGAACUGAAAGAGUGCAAUUUGAACUGGUCUCCAGAGGAUUUUGAGUCUAAAUUACAGGAGGCUAUGAAACAGACUUACCAGAGAGCCCUGAAAGCAGCAGCUGAUUUUGGUUAUCAAAAGGAAAGUCCAGAGGCAUUGGUCCAUGGAGCUGUUAUCUCUGCUUUCAUAACGAUCGCCAAUGGUAUGGUGGACCAAGGAUGUGUAUAAAAUUGCAGCAUUUUCUUGUCAUAGCCUCGUGUUAUAUCCAAAAUACAUUUUCAUUUGGCAUCAAUAACAAAGAAAGCGCGCCGUUGGUUCCAUCCGCAUUGUUGGCUACUUUCAUGAUCUUGCACAGUACUUGGCAGUGUAGAUGGUGAGAGGAAUGUAUGUUUAUCAUUGUAAUGUACAUGUAUUAUGCAGGUGAGCUAUGUCUAAAACAUCGAUAGGAUACACUUUAUUAUCUAGAUUAGCUAGGUUAUUAUGUUAGCUGGUAAAAUACAAAGGUUAGGCAACAAUUGUAUUAUGGGAAACUUUCACAUAUAGAGCCACUUAAAAAUAAUUAAUUACUCUCUA